AGGAGAUGACCAGAGACUGCGGACACAGUACAGGAGAUGACCAGAGACUGCGGACACAGUACAGGGGAUGACCAGAGACUGCAGACGUAGUACAGGAGAUGACCAGAGACUGCGGACACAGUACAGGAGAUGACCAGAGACUGCAGACGUAGUACAGGAGAUGACCAGAGACUGCGGACAUAGUACAGGGGAUGACCAGAGACUGCGGACACAGUACAGGGGAUGACCAGAGACUGCGGACAGUACAGGAGAUGACCAGAGACUGCGGACACAGUACAGGAGAUGACCAGAGACUGUGGACAGUACAGGAGAUGACCAGAGACUGUGGACACAGUACAGGAGAUGACCAGAGACUGCGGACACAGUACAGGGAUGACCAGAGACUGCGGACACAGUACAGGAGAUGACCAGAGACUGCGGACACAGUACAGGAGAUGACCAGAGACUGCGGACACAGUACAGG